UAUCUAAACCGUACCAAAAAGAUAUUCAGGAUUGUAAAUCCAACCUACCUGGACAGAACCGAACCACGUGUUCAGACCUGCCCGUUCUUUCAACUUCAAAGUUCAUAGACUCACCAGAUAAACAUAUAACUGAUAAACCCUAAUCCUAAGAAGAUGGCGAUGGAUGGCUCAGAUUUCUUUCAGGAUGAUUGCGAUUCGAUAGCUGCCGAGAUGAAAGACCAAGAGGAGCGAAUUCAACUCAAGAGAAGGUGGCUUUUGGGUCUUUAUACCCCUAAACCUGAGAAUCCUACUACUGAGUUUCUCGAAUCUGAGGAUCACACUCCAGAAAAGACUGAGUUUCUCGAAUCCGAAUACCUCCCUGAAUCUUUGCUCAGGGAAGAUGAUUUAUUCUACGAGACAGCAAAGUCGCGUGUAGAAGAAGCAUUUGGGUUUUGCAAGAACCAAGAGGCUCAACGAAAGGAGUCCAUGUUCUGCACUAAAGACGUUGUUAGAAGGCUUAGCAUGUAUCUUGACUCUUUAACGAAUGAAGGUCUAUCUCUCGUUGUAAAGAUCAUCACUGGAGGCUCUUCUUCGUUUGACAAGACUCGGCCCAAAAUGAAACAGAUUAUCAGAGAAUCUGUCCGCACAGAUUUGAGAGAGAGAGGAAGAGACGACAUUGUUGAGCAGUUGCAUCAAGCUCUGAGUGAUUCUGAAAACUUCAGGAAAGAUUCUGCAAAACCCAUGUUUCCGUCUCAUCGUGAUGCUGCAUUGAAGGCACUUGCUGAGCUAGAUAAGUUGUCUACUCAGACUCUACUUGCAAUGAAAAGGAAACUUGAAGGUUCAGUUACGAUACCUCGGUUAAAACCAAGUAAAAUGGGUGGAAAUAAAAUGGAUCUGAUAGACCAAGUGAAGCAAGCUAGCGAGAAGAUGCUCUCAGAACUUUCUUCAGGGGAUAAACUGCAGGAGCCAUUGGCUAAGGCAAUGUCAUUAGUAGAUUUAUCACUUAAGUUAAGUCCUGGCUACAACAAAACUAGACCUCCCACAGAUUUUUUCCAUUUCUCACCAGAAACAAAGAAGCUGCAGAUGGAGAUAGUGAAGGCAGUUUGGUCACUCCGUACGGCCAGGAUUGAUGCUGCGUUUGAAAGAGUGGGUCUUAUCUUGGACCCAGAAGCCCAAAUAUCGAAAAACAGAUUAAGAUCAGCGGUCGAGAGAAUGCUGUUCGAAUAUCUGUUUGAGUGCUGUGAUAUGGAUGUCAUCCCAAAGUCUUUGACAAACGCUCUUUCAUUGGUCAACAAGAGUACGCGGACUGUCGACCAUAGAGUAUUUCCAGGGGAAGCAGUUGAGGAAGAGACCGAGUGUAUAUUAAAUGUGAGUGCUCAAGUGAAGCAAAUAGCUUGGCAAUGUAUACCAGAUUAUGAGCUUGAUCAGGACUUUGGCGAUGCUUAUAUGGAGGAGCUAGAAGACAGUGAUGAUGAUUAUAGUCAAGACGAUGCUAUCGAUACCUCUGAUCCGGUUCAAGACGAAGUUGGUGCAGAAUGCUCAGUUUUGAAUUCGAAUGUUUCUUCAGACGAAACCAGCCCGCAUCAUAUCAGCUCUUCUCUUGUUAUAAGGGACCUGACAGAGAGUAUUACAAGAGCUCGUCCUAUGUCUCUCUUUGCCACUCCCACGUCCAGUAAAUUUACACCUGUCAGAGAUAAUCAGAUUAGCCCUCGUUCAUUGUAUUCUGUUGAAAACAUAAAGAGUGAUGAUCGUGGUGCGCAGAAUCCAAUCAAAAGAAAGAAGAACCAGUACCUCGCAGUCCAAGAAAUUUGUGACGACACAAGCUUAGUUACCUAUAACCUAAUAGGACGUUUACUAGAGAAAUUUGCAGACCAAAAAGGCCUCGACUUAAAAGUGGAUCAACGUUCUUAUCUUAGAGGAGAAUCCAGGCUUCAAGAAGAUGUAGAAGGGGAAGGUAAAAGCAAACACCUUUUCUCCUCGUACACGUUCAUUCUAUUUGUUUUAAUGUCUGCAUAUGUUUCAUUGAGUGAAGAAAAGCAAGCUUUAGAGAUUCAAGGGAAGUUAGAUGAGUCCAUCACACUUUCUGCUGUCCAAGAGAUAAUACCCUCCCUUGAUAAGAGUGUCUUAUUGAAAUUGAAAGAGUUGUUGGAGUAGCCGCAGUGGAAUGCAGAAAGAAAGAACGGAAGUAUAUUGACCAGACUGAUUCUGUUUUUGUGUAUGAUAAAUAUGACCAGAGUACAACGUAUGGUUACACUCAAUAACAAACUAAUUGGUUUUGAAA